CACCUAGAAAGCAUCCAUGAUGAUGUCGUGAUGCCAARGGGUUACUUCGAUUUCUUUUGACAUUAACUGACUUCCUUUUUGCCAUACCAAGUUAACUCAAUGAAAGGUUCAAACAGCUGGUUAUAAUACAGCAUUAGCAUUACCCUGAUCACAUAAAGUCAAAAUGGAGGACAUAGAGGAUAUCAUUGAGGGUGUUUUAGAGCAUCCAGUGGAAGACAAUGAUGGCAAGGGUUGGAUAAAGAAAUCCUUUUCAAAGAAGUGGAAGAAGGGAUUUUAUGUUUUACGCAAGUACUGUUCUACAGAUCAAGCAUUUAUUCAGUGGUUUGACAAGGAGGAAAACUGGAGGAAUCAGAUUGCCAGGGGAACUCUUGAACUAUUCUCACAGUAUAGAGUACUAAAACGCAAUGAAAUGAAAGGAAGGCAUUAUGUGUUUGAAGUGAACAAUGACAAUGAUACCUAUAUCCUUGCUGCAGAAUCAGAAACAGUCAUGGACUUGUGGGUCAUGCAGCUCCAGAUGCAAACAAGACUGAACCCACGAGUAGAAGGAAAAACAUUUCGAAUAAAAGGCAGUGGAAGCAAACCCAUGCAGARAAUUGGUGCAAAAGAUCAAAACUGUCUUCUUCAUAUAUCUAAGUGGGGUAUUACUCUUGCUCUUGAACGUACAAGGUCAGUUCUUGCUCAGUGGCCUCUGACAACAAUUCGCAACUAUGAGUCAAUGGACCGUGGUGAAUUUAGUUUUGAAGCUGGAAGACGUUCUCCGAUGGGAGAAGGAAAGUAUACUUUCUACACCUUUCCAGGUGAAGACAACAMGAUUUUUGACACCAUUGAUAAAUUUGCAAGCCAGCGUUUGAAUGCCCGUGGAGGAGCAGCCCUUGUUGCCAACAGCGAGGAGGAGAUGUCAAGAGCCUAUGACCAACUACGAUUUAGUGUCUUAAAUUUUCAUUCAGGACCAUUUGAUGAUGAUGCUCCUAAUCUUUCAAGUAAACCAMGACCAAUAAAUAACCAGCAGCCAGAGGAUGAUAGUUAUUCCCACAUUGAAAGAUCUGACAGUAUUGGCAGUGGAAGGCUAAGUAUUGGCAGCUUCUCUACAUCUAUAGAUCGUACUGAWGGGUAUAACAGUAUAGAACGGCAUUCAAGUUUUGGGUCGAAAAGUGAGGGAUUUCCACCAGGCAGUGGGGCUGCUGCYAACUAUGACAGUCUUGAUCAUGCACGUUCUCAAAUAAAUCUCAGUGUAAAAGAGGGUCAUGCAGGGAGGUUGAAUCGAUCACCAAGUGGAUAUAGUCAUAUAUCAUCUAGUUUCCGUGGAACCACAGACAACAGGAAAGAUGCUCGGCUUUGCCCACUUGAGGUAUCUCCUAAAGGUGAAGUAUUCUCUGAUGAGCUCACUUCUCCUCUGUCAACUGCUGUGAAUUUUGAUGAACCUUUGUCAAUGAGUAGUGGUUUUGGCAGUAGUCCUCUACAGGAGGGAGCAGUUAGUUCAUCUACUCUUACAGAAAGUGAACCUGCUCCUCCUCCACUACCUGAGAGAUCUAAGAAACGGAAAGGCAAUCCACCAGUGGAGAUGCUGCCACCCUGUGAUAUACUACCACCUCACAAAGACCAAARGAUACCCCCUCCUACACAAGCAGAUGACAUUAGACAAUCAGAUGGCCAGACUCAACGUGGUAAAACAUUACCUGCAUUUGGKCGAAAAAGAUUAGAGAUGACAGACACAUCGAAUGAAAACAGUAACUACUGUAAGACAAGUGCUUCUCCUAAUUUUGUAUAUUUGAAUUCUGCUCAUUCUAAGAGCGUUGAGGUGUUGUCAACACUGUAUGCAACUGUUGAUAAGUCCAAGAAGAAGAAGAAUCGAGAGGCAGCYGAAAAACAGCGCCGUAAAGAAUAUGAAGUUUCAAAGCAGAGAAGAAAAAGCCGUAGCCAUGAAAGUCUUGCAGGAUCACCACGUCUUAAUUCUUUCUCAUUUACCCCAUUCACUUUCAAAGGACUUGCAGCCAUGGACUCUAGUUCAGGUGAAGAUUUUCAUGACCAAGAUACUGAAAUUGAAAAUGAAUUCAUCUCAGCCCAGGCACCCAAAGUAGAGAGAGUAUCCAUGGCGCUUCGUGGUUCUUUAAACAGAGAUSAUGAAUCAAGCUAUAAAGUCAAAGUUAAGAAAGUCAAUGAUGGAAAGCCUUCAUCAGUCCCUUCGUCAAGAGAUGUGGAGACCUUACAUAGGGCUAUUUCCAAUUCUCCUCAUUUUGGAUCAAAGAAAAAGAAUGUAAAUCAAACUGAUUCCACAGCUUGACAUGUAAGAUAGUUGACUUUCUGCAAGGAUAUGGAGGAUUCAAAUGGCCACAGUACAAGGAGGAAAAUUCAUUCUUAUUACAGUUCAAUAGUAGUAGCUGUUAGCUCCACUGAUGGCUGGGUGAACAAAAAACAGAAAUCCUAACAAUAUUAAAUGGCCACAGUACAAGGAGGAAAAUUAAUAAUGAUUGCAGUUCAAUAGUAGUAGCUGUUAGCUCCACUGAUGGCUGGGUGAACAAAAAACAGAAAUCCUAACAAUAUUAAAUACUUAGGAGAGAAGAUCAUAUUAAUGCUUUUUAAUCUUUUACUGAAUUGUAUGACUAGCAAUGUUGACUUGCAAUUACAUUUAUUUUACAAAGUAUUUAGUACUUAUAGAAGCAUUUGUUUAAUUUUGUAUUUCUUAAAUAUUUCAUUAUUUGUUUUACUUACCUAUACUGUCAUUUGCAUGAAUUCUGUUUGCUAACAUGAUAAUAGUAUUAUUGCAUAUUCAUAUUGAAAAUUCAUUACAUAUAUCACUUUAUAUUUCAUUGUAUAUUACCAAUAUUAUCAACUAAGUGAAUGUGUUGAUUUACAACCAAUUAUUUGAAGUGUAUCCAUAUAUUGUCAAUAAAGAGAUAAACUGAUUUGGCAAUCA